AUGGCAUCAAACGGAACUCCCGCAAAACGCGCAGAAAACGUGGAGAAUGUCGAGACCUUCGAAAAUGUCAAGAGCGUUGAGGAUGUCAAGGACUUCAAGGACAUCAAUGGUAGUGAUUUAAAUGCAGAUACCGAAGCCACUUUACAAUUCUUUCAGAAAACAUGUGAACAAAUAUCUUUAUCAGAACCCCCCGAUAUCAAGACCAUGAUAGCCCAGUGGCGCAACUCUAUAUCUUUUUGUCAAAAAAAACUUGACCGAUGGGUCUCUGAUGCUCCACUGGUAAACUCUUCGAAACUGCUCAAAGCUAAUAAGGCAGAUACCAAAAUUUACUUGCACCAGUUUCAAGACCUUCCUGCUGAAAUCCACUUUGAGCUGACCAAAUAUCUUGCGGCUUCCGACAUUAAGAAUCUAAGCAGUACAGGUUCCAAAAUUCGGCUGGUGUACUGUGGAUUCCGAUGGACCAAAUGUGUAGUUUUGCCCGACGAAAAACCGGAAAUGGUUAUGCAUUAUCUACGCAGUGAGUUAGAGGACUGCUAUAGCGCACACGACCCAGUACCAUUACGAGUGUUUCAAAACCCAACAAAAUUUGGCUGGUUCAUGAACAAACGUGUGGAGAAGUUGCUUUUAUGUGCACAUAUUGAUCAAAAAUGUCAAGUUGACAGAGGCAUGUUUUCGACGCCAUUUCGUGGCGAUGAAUACCCGAAUCUUGAAUUCUUAAACAUGGUUCCACAGUUGGAUUUAAAUACCUUGUAUGAGUUACUAGACUCUCCAUUUAUUAAAACAUUGCGGAAAGUCAUUAGCAAGAACAAUGAGUCUGCUAACGUUCCUUUCUGGGAUUUAAGAAUUUUGGAUUAUUACAGAUGUGAUUUGAAGAAUUUUUUGAGCUGUAACGAUUUAAGAAUGACCCUACGGGAACUUACAUUUACAGACGGAGAAAGUAUCACUGCUGAAUUCAUAAAAAAGUUAGAAUUGCCACAACUGGUAACAUUGGCGAUUCAUGAUUUAGAUGAUAAUAUUUACCGUGCGUUGUUACACCGAGUUCAUUUUUGGCCAAAGCUUGAGAAUUUGUCAUUUUCUUUUGAGUAUGGGUUUAAUGGAACUAUCUUUUACUUAACUUCAGCAACAAAGGAGAUUUCUGAAUUGCCAACCACAUUGAAAACAUGCAAUAUGAUUUUGGUAGAAUAUGAUUGUGAGAAAGCAAUUAGAUAUGGUCAUGAAAUAUUUAGAGAAACCCUACGGAUUGAAGCUGUAACAUGGAUUGAAGACUCUGAAUUGCUUAUUGAUAAAAAGAACAACAUUUUGGGGAUAUUGGAUUUACCACGGUUGAGGAAAGAAAGCUUUGUGUUUCAUCCAUCGACAAUAAUUGAGGGGUUGAAUUUUAUGCCGGUAGAAAAUUUUGGAGAAAAGUUGACUCAUAUUCAAUUAAAGAUUGACGAUCUUUAUCCAAUGCCUUUUGUGCUUUGGAUAGAUCGGUUUGUGAAUCUGCGUGUAUUCAAGAUAAUUAUGGCAUCUGUAUUUGAAAAUUCAGACAAAUUAAGCAACAUUCUAGUUUUACUUUCGCGGCGGCUGGCCAACUGCGAGCACUUGUCUGAAUUAGAGCUUCAGGACUUUUUUGAGUAUGUGGUGUCAGAGUAUGAUGCGAAAAUUUUUUAUCAUGAUCUUGAUGCCAUUCCUUAUCUUGAAGAGAUGUUGGAAAACCCGACGGUAUACUUAUGUACUAAGCUUGUUACUGACCCGAUUGGAUUAGUUGACCAAAUGUGGGAUUCUGGCUUCCAUUUUGACAAAGAUUUCAACUACAUGAUGUUUAUGGAAGCGUUACUGGUGAGUAUGCGAACCCAACUUCCUGCACUUGAGUAUGUGUUUUUUCAAACAACCGAGCAAAUAUAUCCGUCGCCUGGGCUGCAGCUGCUAUUGACAAAACCACCGCCGAAUAUUAAGCAAGUUUUGCUGCAACACCAGACUACAUACCCACCUCCGGUACUGCCACAGGUGGAGUAUCGGAUGAGCACGACAGAGUUUUGUUUUAAUAAUGUGUUGUUUGAUCUUAAGCGCAAACGAAAGUUUCCGCUGGCGGAACAGGAGCCCACAGUACCUCUAUAUACAGGGGACUGUAUGUUGGAUGAGUUUAGCGGAUGGAUUUAA